CCCCCAAGAAGCGCUGCGAGCUGCGCUCUCCUCUUUCUAACCCUGGCCGUCUCCACCGAGGUCGCAGACACUCCUGAGACGGAAGAGGAGGAUGAUAAUGUGCUGGAUGAUAAUGUGCUGAUCUUAAAAACGAGCAACUUCAAUGAGGUGCUGGCCACCUGUGACUACCUCUUGGUGGACUUCUAUGCCCCUUGGUGUAAACCCUGUAGAGAUUUGAUACCUGAGUUUUCCAAGGCAGCGGAACAAUUGAAAGCCGAGAACUCUAAUAUCAGAUUGGCCAAAGUAGAUGCCACUGAAGAGCACGAUCUAGCAGAACAGUUUAACAUUCGAGUGUUCCCUACGAUCAAGUUAUUUAAAAAUGGAGAUGCAUCUUUCUCUAAGGAUUAUACAAACGGCAGAGAAGCUAACGAUAUUGUGCAAUGGAUGAAGAAACGAAUCCAGCCUGCUGUCAUUUUACUGGAGGAUGCUGCUGCUGCAGAGUCUUUAAUGGUUUCCAAUGAAGUUUUUGUUUUAGGCAUAUUCAAAGAUGCUCAGUCCUCCAAUGCUAAGAAUUUCUCAGAUGCUGCAGAGUACUUCGAUAAUAUCCCAUUUGGAAUGACUUUCAAUGAAGACUUCUUCACCCAAUAUCAAUUGGAUAAAGAUGCCAUUAUUCUUUUUAAGAAGUUUGAUGAAGGUCGAAUCGACUUCGAUGAAGAGAUUACAAAAAUGAGUAUAGUACAUUUUGUCAAUAACCACCAGCUGCCCUUGGUCAUCGAGUUCUCCGAAGAGACUGCCCCGAAGAUUUUUGCAGGUGAGGUGAAAACGCAUUUAUUAUUGUUCCUGCCCAAGAACACUCUGGAUUUUGAGAACAAAAUGGACCAAUUCAAAAAAGCAGCUGAAAGUUUCAAGGAGAAAAUCCUAUUUAUUGUCAUCGAUACCAACAACAAUGACAACAUGGGUAUCCUUAAUUUCUUUGCCUUGAGUCAAGAAGAUUGCCCAACAAUGCGACUCAUUAGUAUGGAGUCUGAGAUGAUCAAGUACAAGCCUGAGUCAGAAGAAUUAACUACAGAGACAGUAGAGGAAUUCUGUAGGCAGUAUUUGGAGGGCAAAUUCAACUUCCAUUUGAUAAGCCAAGAUGUGCCUGAUGACUGGGAUAAAGGGCCUGUUAAAGUGUUGGUUGGGAAGAACUUUGAUACUGUUGCUUUUGAUCCACAAACUAAUGUCUUUGUGAACUUCUAUGCCCCUUGGUGUAUGCAGUGCAAAAAACUAGAUCCCAUUUGGGAAAAACUGGGAGAAGCUUACAAGGAUCAUGAAAAUAUAAUCAUUGCCAAGAUGGACUCAUCAGUUAAUGAAGUAGAUUCUGUUGUGGUCCAUAGUUUUCCCACACAGAAGUACUUCCCUGCAGGUAUUGGUAGAAAAAUCAUUGAAUACCAUGGGGUAAGGACAUUAGAAGGUUUCAAAAAUUUCCUAGAGAAUGGUGGCCAUGAGGGACUAAGAGAAAUAGGUCAUUUAGAAGUCCUGGAUGAAGUUGAAGAACUCGAGUUAGAAGAUCAGAAUGAACAACAACAACAAGAUAAUGCCAAAGAUGAGAAAGACAAGAUCAACAUAGCUCAAAAUUAAGACACUGCACUAUGGGUUAUACCAAUCAAAUCGGAAAUGGAUCUGAAGGCUUGUAAGAUUCCCAACUGAAGAAGAGCAUGAUUAAAAACCCAGAA